CAGGGCCGAGAGAAACCAGCAGCAGCUGAACAGAACUCCGACUUUGAUAGCCAACUCCGUCUCAUGGCCGAAUAUGGCAAGGGACUGGUGCCUGAAAACGUCCAGCCCGCCUCCACGCCAAGUUCGGUGUCAUCGGCCCACCAGUCACAAAUUGGCUCUUUCCAGUACGACACCGGUGACAUUGCAAGGGGUGGGGCUAAAGACGGCGUUGCCACGGUAACGCUAGGAUCACGUGAGAAGUCUGGAGGGAACUCUGGCGUGAAUAUUGAACACAACAAACACCGUUUGUGGAGCCCAGGUUCUGAGGCGGCAGGGUUCAAACCUUACACCCCUUUCAGCGACAGUUUGUUUGAUUUUGGGAAGAAGGAAGCUAAGUAUAUUCCCCCUGAGGUAGAGGUCGUGAAGGAAGUGUUGGCGGUGCCCAGGUAUUAUGACGCCUACAGGGAUGUCCUGGGUCUCUCAAGCAGAGACCAGAACGGAGGGCCAGAUAUCUUGCGCAUCCACGGAACGCCUGAAUACCCGAAGAAG